AUGAUCUCCCAGGCUCGACCUCCGAUGGGCUGGCAGGUGAGCUUUCCCGGUUCCUUCCUGCGCCACCAAGGCAAACGUGGACUGGAUAUCGGCGCUGAGUUCUCCUCUCUGGGACGUGCCCCUGCAACACCUCUCCAUCCCAGGGAGUCACGACACGAUGACAUACUGCCUGAACAAGAAGUCACCCAUCUCUCACAAGGAGUCAAGGCUGCUGAGCUUCGGGGCAAAGUGCUGCUAUGUCACCCUGCCCGUGGUGCUCAAGUGGUCCACCACCCAGGUGCUGAGCAUCACGAAGCAGCUGGAUGCCGACGUGAGGACCUGCGGAUGGCGCACACAGAGGAGGGCACCGAGGGGAACCUGCACUCUGGCCACAUGGUGUACACGACGGCCCUGGUGGAGGACAUGCUCACGGAGAUCUCGGAGUGGCUGGAGAACCACCCCCGGGAGGUGGUCAUCCUGGCAUGCAGGAACUUCGAGUACAUGAUGGAGGACCCAUGCAAGUACCUGAUGGGCUGCAUCAAGAACAUCUUUGGGGACAUGCUGUGUCCCCAUGGGGUGAUUAGGGGCCACAGGCUCCCCAUGCUCUCUGUAGCAGGGGCGCUGGGAACACUAGGCUUCACUGUAAUCAGACUAUCUGCUGGCUUCAUGAGGCUGAUUCAGGCACCAGAUGAUGCUGCUCACAGAACUCGAGUAAUCCACCCACCACUGUCUCCACUCAAACACCCCCAAAAUCUACCAAUCACUGCUCAAGACACCCCAAUAACCCACCCAUCACCAUCUCCACUCAGACACUCCAGUAAUCUACCCACCAGGGUCUAUUCAGACACGCCAAUAAUCCACCAUGACUGCCUCUUCUCACAGAGAACCCAGUAA